AUGAAGUUUUGCCUACCAACUUCUGCACGAUGGUUGCUGAACUGGAUAGGGAUUUUCAUGUUCAUUGGUCAGUCCAGAGCUUUGGAUAUCGGUAGCCGCUUUCGCGUUGAGCUGGGUCAAGGGCCUGUCACACGAUCUGGAAGCGGUACCUACGGUGGAACCUGCUAUGGCACGGAUGCGGAUUUGAGUGCCAUCUAUACUGAGGCAAUCGACCUUGCUCAGGUGGCCUUGGAUUCCUUGAACAGUUAUGCUACCAGUGCGACGGUGCGCGCAACUGUGGAGACAUUCUUUGGAAUAAAACCCGAUUCAUCGACACCUACCACGGUGUCAGCCAGUUACUCGGCACAAUUCGCAUACGUUAAAUAUAUCUUCGGACAAAUCGUCGCUUUCUCGACAAGCACAGAGGAUACAGGAAUUUCUCAGCCGGGUUUCUUUUGUGACGAUAGCUGGCGAUGGAAGACGGAGAUGGACUAUGGAUCUGACGGACAAAUGAAUGGCAAGACAAUCUCUCAGACGACAGGCGGUGCUGUACAAUGGAGCUGGUGGUCUCCUUUAUACAAAGCGUUUCUUGGCACCGGCCCAGGUUGUGUCCACAACAGCCAGGAGGCAACAUUAGGGUUCACAGUCGUCACCGACAUACAGAAAGUCUACACGAUUACCAUGUGUCCAUAUAGCUUCACUCGGGCUAGAAGAAAGGAUUCACUUAGCGCUUGGCGGUCAAAGGAAAAGAUCAUAUCCGAUGGAACACCACUAGGGGCAGCUCUGUCAACGCCCGGUACUUUGAUGCAUGAGCUAGCACACUUGGUCACGAAACGAGUUAUCACCGAUGAGACGGUCAGCAGUAAUGGGCAAAAGGCUUACUUUCCUUCAAAUGUGGCUAAACUUGCCGAGGAAUCAACAGCCAAAGCUGUCAAGAAUGCUGAUAGCUAUACCUGGUUUGCCACUGCUAUGUAUCUUGAUCAAUGUGACUGGUCACGACAGAUCUGCGCUCAGAGCACCAGCACAUCAACUGUCGCUAAGCGAUCGAACAAUCAAACCAGCACUGAUAAGCCACUGAUGCGAAGAUCAAACCGACGGACAUUUCUCCCUUGUCUAUUGACUGGUUUGCAAGAUGAUCUAGAGUAA